CUUGCUGCAGCACCAGCUGUCCCAGCUACUGGUGGAACGGAGACAAACACCUGGGAGCUGCUGUCCUCGUGCAGGCGUACCGAUGGAUGAUCGACGCCCGCGACGAGUUCACCGAGGAGCGUUUGGCUAAACUCCAGGACCCCUUCUCCCUUUACCGCUGCCACACCAUCAUGAACUGUACGAAGACUUGCCCCAAGGGUCUCAACCCAGGAAAGGCCAUCGCAGAGAUCAAGAAAAUGAUGGCAACCUACAAAGAGAAGAAAGCAGCAGCCGUGUAACCAUUAACAAAUUAAACUCAACUUAAACCUUAAAACUGAGUCGGGAGGAAGAGACGAGCCAGCCUAAAAGUUUUUGCUAUAUUAGCACCUUUUAAAAUUAUGACUGUUUUCUGUUACUUAAUGGAAUAAAAACAGCAGAAGUUUUCUGUAAAUUACCUUUAAGCAAAAUGUAUUGUGUGCUUCAAUACGAAAUGGAUCACAAUUAUGCUGUUUGUAUAUUAACAACAACUUGCUUGCAUGGUGUUACAUUUGUUCUGAUAAUAAAACAUGUGUUCUUAA